AUGGGCGCGCCUGUGACCGUGUUUGCUGCCAAUUUCGGCACCCUGAAGCCUCGGGUUUUUCUGAUUGACGGGACAUGCUACGCCUCCCACGCUGUGGUUCAGCGUAUUGCCAGGGCGGACAGGGAUCAGAAGCUCUCCUUCUGCUGUGCGCAGUCAGAGGCAGCACACCCCUACCUUGCUGCCUUCGGUCUCACCCCCUCAGACGUUCUCCUGUCGCCGGUUUACAUCCAGGGGUUCAACGCCUCAUUCUCUGGCAUCUCAGCUCUGCUGCGAGUGGCCUGGGACCUGCCUCUCCCCUACCCCCUCCUCGCCUCCCUCCUCACUUCGAGGCGUCUUGAAUUGACUCCGCACCCCUUCCCCCGACUUUCGUCGCCCCCUCUCUCUUUAUCCCUCUGUCCCAUCAUCUCUGCUGCGAGUGGCAUAGGACCUGCCUCUCCCCUACCCCCUCCUCGCCCCCCUCCUCCUUUCGAAGUGCCUCAAAAACACAGCCCAUCCCCCCCUCUAUCUGUUCCCCCUUCCCCUUCUUUUUCUCUAUUCCCCUCUGUGCCAUCAGCUCUGCUGGGAGUGGCCUGCGACCUGCCUCUUCCCUGCACCGUCAUCACCUCCCUUCUCCUUUCGAAGUGCCUCAGAAGCACAGCCUCUUCCCCCCUCUGUCUGUUCCCCUUUCCUCUCCUUUUUCUUUAUUCCCCUCUUCCAUCAGCUCUGCUGCGAGUGGCAUGGGACCUGCCUCUCCCCUACCCCCUCCUCGCCCCCCUCCUCUUCAUCCCCCAACCUCUCCUCAACGCCCCCUUCCUCUUCGCCUGGCGCCGCCGCCACCGCUGGUUCGGGCAGGCACCAAGGCUAAUCCUUCCGCCGCCGGACCUGAUCAGUAGGUUUGUGGAUCGGGAGGAGCUAGAAGACGAGGGGAGGAGGGAUGAGGACAAGAGGCAUCAUGAGAUGGCAGAGGGGCGGCAUGGUUUGGACAGACCUCCAGGAUCCCUGGAUUGA